CUCCCGGGUCACGUCGACGCCGCACGCCGCCGGGCUCCGCGGGACCACGUGGCUCCGACCGCCGAGGCCGGGAUGACUUUGUUUCACUGGCAAAUCCAGCGAGAGCUGCAGCGGCUCGACGGCGUCUCCCCCGAGAUGCUCAACACGCAAGACGUGGACGGUGACACGUUCCUUCACAUAGCGGUGGCACAAGAGAGACGGGCUCUUGCGUACGCGCUGGCCACCACCAUGUCUGGAUGGGGCUCUCUGGACACGAAGGAGCGUAACGGGCAGACGGCCCUUCAGGUCGCCGCCGCCGCCGAUCAGCAGUUCAUCGUCCACGACCUGCUGACCCUCGGAGCCCAGGUCAACACCCGGGACCACUGGGGCCGCUCUCCUCUGCACCUGUGUGCGGAGAAAGGCCAUUGGCUCAGCCUCCAGAGCAUCUGGAGGACCGUGGCUGUGAGCGGGCAGCCAGUUGACAUUGAAAUGUUCAAUUACGAUGGUUUGACGCCGCUGCACGCCGCCGUGUUGUCGCACAACGCGGCUGUCAGAGCGCGGAGGGGGCUCUGUUUGUACGAGGCCCGGGAGCUGCUGCAGAAGGCCCAGAUGUAUGUGGAGUGCAUCAAGACUCUGCUGCUCAUGGGCGCCUCCUGCGGGACAAAGGAUCUAAAGAGUGGGAGGACGUGUCUCCACAUGGCUUCGGAGGAGGCCAACGUGGAGCUGUUUAACGUGUUCCUCGCGCAGCCCUCUUCGCUGUCGGUGGUCAAUCUUCAGACGUUCAGUGGAAACACGGCGCUGCACAUCGUCAGCUCUUUGCAGAACCUCGACACUCAGGUGGAAGCGGCGUGGCUGCUGAUGAGCAGAGGCGCCGACCCCGGGAGCAGGAACCUGGAGAAGGAGCUGCCGUCUCUCCUGGCGCCAGAGGGACCCGUUGGUGAACAGGUGCGGAAGAUCCUGAAAGGGAAAUAUUUAAAAGCUUAAGUGAAGCUCCAAAAACACUGUCAGUCAGACAGUCCAACCUAUCGUGAUAUGAUUUGCCGAAAUGAGGCAGAUUCUGG